UAAUUUACCUGUAUAAUCACGCCAUUAAAAAUACAGGAAUACUGUGUGAAUAGGAACCCAAGACAAGUACAUCAUGUUUCCCAAUAAUAAUAGCCCUAUAGAAAUCGCAGGCCUUAUGAAUUCAUACUCAGACAAUAAUAGGCUUAUUGGUUUAGUUAUUUAGCCGUGCUGUGUAAAGACGUUAAAUUACCAAAGCAACACCGAACAGGUUGGUUGCACAGUUGCUGGAAUGGGCGUGGAGUUGUAACGUCUCGCUUCAACAAGGCAAGUGAAGGAAACGGCGAAUGUCAAACCAGACACGUUCUGGAAGUUGCGAUAUGUAACUAGGAACUAAAUACAAAACCUCGACAACACAGCACGCGUCUGGCAAAACUAGAGAGAUGAUACCUGAGACUUCUGCUCACCUGUUUUGAACCUCCGCAAAACCACCAAACCUUCCCCCACCCAACACUUUCACUAAUACUGAUCUGCCUUAGAUCCAUCAUCAACUCUUCUCUGGUGUUGAUCUAGACCACCACCAAACACCCACCAUGUCGGAUCCCACUGACCCCAGAGAGGAAAUCCUAGACUGGCUGACCAGCCUGCGUCUGCCCCAGUACGCUGCCGGAUUUCACCUGGGGGGCUUCCAGUGCCUGGAAGACUGCAGGGGGCUCACUGAAAAUCGUCUCCUGGAGCUCCGAGUGUUCCCUACAGGCCACCGUAGACGGAUCCUAUGUAGUUUGGAAGCCCUAAGAUUGGUGGUGGAAGAGCCAGGGGAAGAGGAAAAGGAGGGGGAAGAGAGGGUGUGGGGCCAGAGAAUGCCCGUCCCCCAACCCAGACACAUCUUCAUGACAAAUAAGAAAAGGGUGACUUCCUGCCAGCCUAGUGAGAGGGUAGAGCAGGCAAGAUGGGAGGGGAGGCAGACCCUACACCCUGGGGCUGGCUUAGCGUUCUCCUCUUCUGUCUCUUCAAUCCCUAACUCUUCUAUAAAGCGGUCUCCGAGACCACCUCGGCCGACACCGCGUGACCCUCUCAACGUACGCACCACUUCCUCAGCUUCGAACUCCACAUCUGGCAGCUGUGAUUCCCUCUCUGUCUCCUCCCACUCUGGAGAGGUGCCCUCUGAUUGUGAGAUCUCCUCUGAGGAGCCCUCCCCUUCCUCUACAGACCUCUCUCCCGGGCCUGACCACGUCCUACCUGGGAAAAACCAAGAGGUUUACCAGGGGAAGAUGGUGGAUAAUGUGAUCUAUGAGAGGGGCCCCAGCUUGAAGACACAAGCCAAGGGCCCCCGGCCCACCCGUUCCUACAGACUGAGGCACCGGCCAGUUCCCGGGAUUCCUGACCAGGUCAUCCUACCCCCGCCGGACUGGAGCUUGCCGCCGCUAACAUCCACAACCGACCUUGAACACCUUCCCUGCGUCCAGGUUCCCGGCGGUGCUGACGGCAACCAGAAAGCCCCACUGCAAAGAACGUUGUCUCCCAUUGUUCCUUAUGGAGAAACAUUCCUAUACAACAACCCAGAGAACAUACUGGACCAGGGUACUAAAGAACUGUUCAAGAAAGAAAUCAAAGAGAAUGUCAAGCAGAAGAAGCCGAGAAAGAAGCAUGGUAAGAUCAAGGAGUCCAGGAACAAGACACAGGUCCCUCCACCUACUUCAACGGUCCACAACCUCUAUGAAGAUGACUACUCUAUAGUGGAAGAGUGCACCACCAGUUGGGAACUAUCCAAUCAUGCUUGGCCUAACGCUGCUACGGCGACCCCGGAGCCCCUCCUCUCCGGCUCCCUGCCCGGCCCCGCCCUCUCCCAGGUCGUUCCCAUGACAAUGGUGGUGUGUGACCUCUACUCAGAGCCCUUUGACACGCUGGGUGGUCUAGUGAAGAAUACGUUACCCGUGUUACCCGCAGACCACGAGGAUAAUAUCUCCCCUUACGCCUGCUUCUACGGGGCCCCUAAGACCAAACUCAAGAUGGGGUGGCUGGACAAGCUCUCACCGCAAGGAAACUGUGUCUUUCAGAGAAGAUGGGUAAAGUUUGAUGGAGAGAACCUCUCUUAUUACAACAAUGAUAAGGAGAUGUACUCUAAAGGCCUGAUCCCGUGCAGUGUGAUGAAGCAGGUGCGAGGGCAGGGGGACAACCGCUUCGAAGUGGUCACCUCCCUCAGGAUCUUCGUGUUUCGGCUGGAGAGGGAAGGGGAGCGUCAGGAGUGGAUGGAGGCUCUUCAAACGGCCAUACGCUCCCCUGCCUCCAUUUCCCAGAAGCCCCAGAAGUGUGGCACCAACAAACAUGGCAGCAUAGAGCUGAGAGGGUACAAAGGCAAAGUGUACGUCUCCCUGACGGGAACCAGAUUCAAACUGUGCAAAUCAGAACAGGACUUCAGAGCUGGCCUGGGUAUUUCCCUGAUCGACCUGACUGCUACUAACGUUAAAGAUACAGACAGGAGGCUCUUCCAAAUCAACACUCCCUUCAGAAACUUCUGCUUCACGGCCGAAUCGGAAAGGGAGAAAGAGGAGUGGAUUGAAGCAUUCCAGGAAUCGAUAGCCGAAACGCUCUCCGAUUAUGAAGUGGCCGAGAAGAUCUGGUUCAACGCGUCCAACAGGAUCUGUGCCGACUGCCGAGCGUCGCAGCCCGAAUGGGCCUCCAUCAAUCUGGGGGUUGUCAUCUGUAAGAAGUGUGCAGGUCAGCACCGGUUCCUGGGCCCUAGCCUCUCUAAAGUUAGGAGCCUGAAGUUAGACAGCAGUAUCUGGAGCAACGAGCUGGUGGAGCUCUUUCUGGAGGUGGGAAAUGAGAACGCCAACAGCUUCUGGGCGGCCAGCCUGCCCCUGGAGGAAGAGCUUCACAUGGGGGCGUCGCCCGAGCAACGGGCCACUUUCCACCGCAGGAAGUACAGAGAGAGGAAGUACCGGAGGGUCCUGGGAAGCCUUCACGACCAGGAGCAGCUCAAUCAGGCACUGUGUGCUGCUGUGGUUCUACCUGAUGUGUUAGAGACCAUGUCAUUGGUGUUCAGUGGAGCUGAUGUGAUGUGUGCUACAGGAGAUCCAACCUACUCGACGCCCUACCUUCUGGCCCAGAGGGCAGGGCAGAGGCUACAAAUGGAGUUCCUACACCACAACAAGCUCUCAGAUUUCCCCAAGCUGGAGUCAUCCUCAGAGACCAGUUCUCCAUCUGAUGCUCCGUCCUUCAUGGACGGCUUCCUCUACUGCUCCGCCGGUCCGGCCAAGGCCACCCUGGACAGGAGAGGCAGAGACGACAUGGUGCGACGCUGGUGUACUCUGGAGGGGGGCUUCCUUAGCUAUUAUGAGAAUGAACGGAGCCCCAUGGCAACCGGCAGAGUCGACAUCACUGAGGUGGUCAGUCUGGCCGUCAACAACACAGAGACCAUGACUGGAGCUGGGGCUGUGUUCAUGGUGGAGACCUACCUACAGUCAGACAGAGUGUUCUUGUUUGGCGCCAAGACACAAGAGACGCAGCAAGACUGGGUCCAGGCUAUCGCCAAGUGUUACGUCCCAUCUAAUGUAGAGGCUAUGUUGAGGAGAGACUGCGAGCUGAUUGGUCGGCUCUACUUUAAGGAAGGUCAUGACCUCUACCACUGGAGGGUUGGUUGGUUUGCUCUGAAAGGCUCCGCCCUCUACUUUAGUUCCGGGGAAGAGGAGAGCACACUGGGGGCCAUGCAGCUCAAACAACUACAGGAACUCACUCUUUCCACACAUGUAGAAGGUGAGGAGAGGAUCCAAGUGCUCUUGAUGGUGGAGGGUGGAAGAACUGUGUACAUCCAUGGUUUCAACAAAGUGGACUUUGCGCUGUGGCACGCUGCGAUCAAAUUGGCCUCUGGUACGGACGGCAGGGCUCUAAGCAACCAGCAGCUGAGUAAAAAGGGCGUCCCCAUCGUUGUGGACAGCUGCAUAGCUUUUGUCACCCAGUACGGUCUGUGUCAUCAGGGGAUCUACAGCGUUAGUGGGGACCCGGGCCGUGUAUCCCUGCUCCUGGGGGCCUUCAGGCAGGACGCCCGCAAUGUGAAGCUCCAUGUCCUGGAGCACCAGCUGGAGGACGUCGCUGACACCCUGAAGACCUUUCUGUCCCAGGCCGAGGACGCCUUGCUGACCAAGGAGCUCUACCCCUACUGGGUGUCUGCACUAGAUGAGGAGGAUGAGAAAAGGAGAGUGGAGAAGUACUCUAGAUUUAUCCAGAGUCUUCCCAAGAUCAACAGAUCCACCCUGACUGCUCUGCUGCAACACCUCUACAGGGUCCAGAGGUGCUCCCAUAUCAACAAGAUGCAGACCAGAGACUUGGCCUGUGUGUUCUCCUCCUGUCUCUUCCAAACCGAGGGAGAAACCACACCAGAAAUCAGCGUGGUCCAAGACCUCAUCACCAACUAUGUACAACUUUUUGGGGUCAACGAGGACCAACUCAAGCAGAUGGAGAGUGAGAACAGGUUCAUCACACGAUGGAACGACAAGAAAGACACCACAUUCUCUCCGGCCGGGGACUUGAUCUUUGAGGUGUUCCUGGAGAGAAGGGAGCCGGAGGACUGCUGCUUAAUCAAGUUGUCUCCUACCAUGACGUCAGACGAGCUGGCAGAGUCCACGCUGGUUACGAGGAACGUGGUCACCAACCCGGUCGACCUCUGGACCACGUUCGAGGUCAUUGAGAACGGAGAACUGGAACGCCCAUUGCACUACAAAGAGAAGGUUCUGGAGCAGGUGCUGGAGUGGAGCACUCUAGACGACCCCAGCUCCGCCUUCCUCGUCAUCAAAAAGUUUGGAGAGCACAAAAUGGCAGACACUCUACCAGGCAGGAAGCAAAAACAGUUUAUGAGAGGGGAACAGGUGAAGUUCAAGGAUGGAUCCUCCAAGCUGCUUUCCGGACACAAAUUCCAGGACAGAUAUGUCAUCCUCCGAGAUGACAAGCUGCUACUGUACAAAGAGAUGAAAAGCACUAAGCCAGAGAGAGAGGUCCCACUGAAGUUAGUCAAGUGUUACCUAGGACUGAAGAAGAAGCUCAAACCACCCACCAGCUGGGGUUUCACCGUCUACACAGACAAACAGCAAUGGCAUUUCUGCUGCGAGGGGAAGGAGUCUCAAAUAGACUGGGUGACUGACAUCAUCACGAUGAAGCAUGGAGGAGACCUCUGGUCAAAGAGCAGAGAUCACAGCAAACCUGCAGUUCAUACAAGCAUGUCAGCAGCCCAGCAGAGUUCACAGAACAGAACACAGAACACACAGAACAGAACACAGAACACAGAACACAAAACCAGCAAAAACCCCUCAUACAGAAAGCUGUCCCUAAACGUCGGCACACCUCCCAGUGAAGAUGAGAAAACAAGGAAUAGCGAAGAUUGUGGCAGUCUCCAGCACAAAACAGCCAUAGUGGCUAAUUGCUUGAAGCAGAAGGACCGACUCGUGUCCCCCGGGACUGGUCAGAGAAAUGUUUCAGCGGGGGUGAUCCAGCCCCAGCGAUGUCCCUCUCCACACCCAGAGCCCCAAGCCCCUCAGAGUGGUGUCAGGAACCCAAACAGGAGGCCCGUUCUGAUGGGAGAGGGGGUUCUAAUGCCCCCCAACCUCCUCAACGAACUUAACUCUGUGCUGAAUAAGACUGGCCGAAGCGCCAAGGAGGAGAAGAGCUGAUGGAGAGAUAGAGAAGCCCAGAGAAAAGAAAAAGAUGAAAAUGUAAAGUGAGGCUGAGAAAAAGAAAGUGCAAGAAAGAAAGGGAAUUGAAGAUGAUUAGAAUGAAAAACAGAGCGACAUGGAGACAGAAAGACUAAAUGAGACAGAAAGACUGAGCGAGACAGAAAGACUGAGCGAGGCAGAAAGACUGAGCGAGACAGAAAGACUGAGCGAAACAGAAAGACUGAGCGAGACAGAAAUACUGAGUGAGACAG